AUGCAUUGCCUUGUGCGCUGUCUUGCCAAGUCGAUGGACGAUCAGACACAUGCAGCAGCAAGGACCCAGGGCAGAGAGCACAAACGCAACGAUGCUCGACAGGCGACGAGGUCGCACCGAAAGGCAUCACGAAAAGAGGGCUCCCGUGUCGAUGGACUCACAGGACAAAUCUCAUUCUAUAUCAAAUCAGUUCAUCUGUCCGAGAAGGAAAGGUCCCGGACGAGGAGGCCCACAGGACCAAGGGGACUUGUCGUCCACCGGACGGAUUGUACAGUCGCCAUCUUCUGCGGCACAUUCCGGUUGGGCCGAACCGUGGAUGUGUCCGGGCACGUUGCAAAUGAUGAUGAAUACUGUCGCCUCUCCUCUCCCAGCGACUCCUCCCGUUGGGCACAAAUAUGA